AUGGAGCUAGGCAGCUGCUUCGAGACCUACGAGGACUUCAAGGAUUGCUUCAGCGCCUACAAAAAGAAGAACAAAUGCUCCUUCAUUCCCAGAGACUGCGUCUCCGUCCGCUUCCAUAACCUCAACCACGGCACCUCCAUCCGCGAUGACAUCGUAUAUAUGCAGGUGAAAUUUGUCUGUAUUCGGACCCAGUCAAACAGGAAGAGAACAGCAGAGGCAGACAUGUGCCCAGCGUACUUGUUCCUGCGUUACGAUGAGAAACUGGAUAGACUAUUGAUCAGUGAGCUAAACACCAAGCAUAUGCAUAGUGACUCCAAAACCGUGAGUCCUGGAGGACAUGCUGUUGGCAACCUGCAGAAACCCCCGCCUGUGUGGCCCCCACUCAACACAGGCCUUGACGCCGAGAUGUCCCCAGUUGAGCCAUCAUUUUGCGUAGAUAAGGUCCAAGUGCCCCCAAAGCCUGAGCAGGAGGGCAUCACUCCUUCUGACCUGGCCAAUAUAGCAAAAGUGAUGAAGAACUUUCUCAGGGUAGACGAAGGCUCCAUGGCCUCCCUCAGUGUGGGCAACAGCCAAGACCUGGACCGGCUUAGCUUCCAGAGCAGCAAGAUGAGCGACCUAUUCAUCCGCUUCCCGGAGAACCUCCUACUGCACCGGGUGGAGAACACCCAGGGCCACAUCCUCUACGCUUUCCUGGUGGAGAACAAGGAACGAGAGGGGCGAGUGGUACACUUUGCUGUGCUCAAGGCCGAGACAGCCACCUCUGUGGCCAAGAUGCUGAGCAUCUUCACGGAGUUCAACUCCGACUGGCCCAAGGUGAAGGUGGUCUUUGUGGACCCAUCCUUCCCUCACCGGGCCAUCGUGCAGGAGAUCUUCCCUGCUGCCCGCAUCCUCCUUUCUAUUUAUCACACAACCCGGCUCCUGGAGAAGAAGUUGCAUCGUAGCUCAGCAAAUGCAUCCUUUAAAAGGCUCAUGAAGGAAGCCCUGCGGGAGGCUGUAUUUGUCACUUCUGAGACCAGCCUGCAGAACCUCUCUCAUAUGUCCCAAGCCCUGCUGGAUGAGGAGCUCUUUAGCUUCCUGCAAGCCCACUGGUUCUCCUGUGAACUGCUGUGGUACAUGCAUGUCAGAAAGGGCCUGCAUGCCUGUAACACUUACAUGGACAGCCUCGAUGUGGUCACCAGCAAGGUGUCGAACCUCUUUCGAGAACAGCAGUCUCUGUUGGACUGCAUCCUGCACUUUGUGGAUUACAUGGACUUCUUUAACACUAAAGGCUUGAAGAAUUUGCCCACAGCUCCUCCCAAGCUAAAGAGGGCCCGGCCAGCAAGCGACGUGCCACCAAGGUCCAAGAAGACUUUGGGGAGCUGUGGAGGAAGCCCAACUAGAACUUCCUGGCUCCCUGUGACAGAGACAAAGCCAGGCCCACAGCAGUCUCAGGUGCCAUCUCCCCAGGGUGGCAUGCUAGACACUUUGCGCCAGAGCGGCUCUGAACUGGCCUAUAAGCUGUGUCAUAGUGAGUGGGAGGUGGUACAGAACUCCACUCAUCUGGUGGGCACGGUUGGCUCCUCUGUGGACAUUCAGCUGCUGGAGGACUCCCACCAGGCUAGCAAGGACGGCUGCAGCUGUAGCUGUUCCUUUCAACAACGGUACCACCUGCCAUGCAGGCACAUUCUGGCCCUGCUCCACACCAGCCAGCGGCCUGUGAGUGAAGCCAUGGUAUGUUGCCGGUGGCAGAAGAGAUACCAGCACCUCCUUGGGCCCAGAGGAGAGUUCCGGGACCCUGUUCUGGUCCCAAACACUGGCCAACCUGAGAAGCAAGAACGGCACGACAUGAUUCAGGACCUCAGCAGGGAGCUGGCCAACCUGCUACUGCAGAGUGAAGGGCCGGAGCUGGAGGAGCGCUGCGCCACGCUGCGCAAGAUCGUGGACAUCUGGGCUGACCCCUGCCAGCCACCAGAAUCCAGUCAGCAGCCUGGGGACUUCAGGGAGGUGGGUCACCUCCCUUUUCUCUGGGGCAAGCUGGAGGAAGGGGAGGGGCUUCAUCCUGCUGAUGCUUCAGUUCAUGAAUGA